GAGAUCUUACAAUCCACCCCUCAUCAAGGCCUUGCCCUCGGCACUUGUUCUCUUCUCCAAUUGAUGUGGGACCCCUCGAUCCAUUCCUUUUGGGACCCAGCAUCUUCCUUGUGUUUACCCCUCUUGGGCUUAGCCUUUUCAUUGGCACAUAGCCCGAUGUCUGACUUUGAUACCAUUUCUAACAGUCUAAGCCCACUGCAAACAGAUAUUGCAUCUUUGGGCGAUUGUGUGAUCCCACACAUUGUCCUCUGAACUAUUGUGAGAUCUCAAUUGAAGAGAACAACGAAACAUUUUAAAAGUGUGGAAAUCCUCGUGGGCUGUUACAAAAGCGAGGUAUAAUUGAAGACAUAUAUUAUACCAGUGGUAAUAAUUACAAAUAAUUAUAUAAUAGUGAGCAUAUAUUAUACAGAUUAUUCAUGGAAACCAUCUUUUGACCAAAUCCAUCAACACUAUUUGGUCCUCUUCCCCCCAAAUGUGAACCUUUCUUUGCGAUGAAAAGCAUUUGUCAAAGAAAAACGGUGCCCCAUAUGAACUUUGAUUUUAGUUUAUAAAGAAAAAUUGUACUCCAUGUUAAUCGCUGCGCAAGGUUUUCACAUUUGGAGCUCUGAAAGCGCAGGAGGCAGGUUCCUUGAAAGCUCAUCAGAGCGGUUAAAGAGUCCCUGGGAAAAUGUUUGGUUCGAGGAAGGCUCAUUUGAAGAUAGGGAGACAUAGUUCUACUCCAGACCCUCUUGAGUCUGAUGAUGGUUUUAAAGCGAAGCAGAAUCCGGUUACCUCUCAAAGGACUACCUCAGACCCUUCGUUAGUGAAAGAGAGCUUUAGCUCCAAUCCUUUUGGUGAUGAUCAUGGACAUGCUCCCUCUUCUUCAAGCUCACUAACUUGGUCAGAAAGAAACAAGUACAAGAACGAUUUCCGGGAUUUAGGAGGGUUGGAAAACCAAUCUGUUCAGGAGCUGGAGAAUUAUGCUACUUAUAAGGCUGAGGAGACAACAAAAGCAGUGAAUGGCUGUCUAAAGAUUGCUGAAGAGAUAAGGGAGGAUGCUACCCAAACUUUGGUUUCCUUGCAUCAGCAGGGUGAGCAAAUUACAAGGACUCAUAUGGUUGCUGCUGACAUCGAUUAUGAUCUCAGUCGGGGAGAGAAACUUCUGGGAAAUCUAGGGGGAAUUUUCUCCAAGACUUGGAAGCCAAAGAAAACUCGACCCAUAUCAGGGCCUAUUAUGAACUCUGAUGAUUUGGUAAGAAGAAAGGGUAGCCACUUGGAGCAGAAGGAAAAGUUAGGAUUGAUUCAUCACAAGGGACGGACCAAUACAAAAGCUGCAUUUGCUGAACCUACCAAUGCAAUUCAAAAAGUAGAGGUAGAAAAGGUGAAGCAAGAUGAUGCACUAUCUGACAUGAGCAAUAUCUUGGAAGAGCUCAAGGAAAUGGCUGUUGACAUGGGUUGUGAAAUUGACAGGCAGAUUGUUGCUCUGGAUCAUGCUUCAGUUGAUGUCGAGGUGCUUGGUGACCGAGUUAAAGAUGCUAACCGACGGGGUCGUCGUCUCCUUGGAAAAUAGAGUUCAAACCCCUCACAUUCAUGAUUAGGCAUCUCUUGAUUACUCCAUUUUCCUGGUUUUGUUUUCUUUUUGCUUCCAUAAAGAGAUGUUCUGCCCCUUUUCUUUUACGAGAUCACUGAUCGUAGGUCCAUGCUUUGUUCACCUCGAGCAAUGUAUACAAACACAUUUGAACAAUUCCAUUUCAAACAAUUGUUUGCGCAUUUCAAUUAGAACCAUGCAUUUUCAAACAUGGGAUUUU